CAAUACUCCAAGCUACUAUCUGCACUAACUCAUAGUCAAGGACAUCACAACUACUAUCAUCAUGGACAACAAGUGCACUAUCCUCAUCAGUGUUAUCCUGCUCUCUGCUGCUGCCAUUCAAGGGUUUUCAAUUGCUCGAGGCAGUCGCUGCUUGUGCACCAAGCUGGACAACAGGCUCAAUGUACGAGCACUGGAAAAACUGGAGAUUUUCCCAAGCAGCUCUGGCUGUGAAAGGAUCGAAUACAUUGCUACUUUGAAAAACUCACCUACUAAAAAAUGUGUGAGCCCCCACUUAUUUGAAGUAAGAGUGCUGCUGAGUGGAAAAAAUCGGCAACUCAAACAUAUUCCAGUGAUAAGACACCCAGGAACGAAAGCAACAAAUUAAGAAAAUUCACACCAUGCCUCUUAUUUAUACACUAGUUUGCUACUUUGAAUGUAUUACACAGUAGCUUUGUUGUAACUGUUGUUAUUUAAGCCUUGUUCCUGUAAUAAUGUUCUUUUUACCACAGUAAAUUAUUUUCUGAAACAUUUGUUUUUACCACUGUAAAAACAUAUGUUACCUAAAUUAUUUGUAUAUAUGUGAAUAUAUUUAUAAUGUAUAAAUAAUACAGACCCUUCUGUGUAAUAUUUU